AUGCAAACCCCGCUCCUCGUCGAGCCCGCUCCCGCCUUUUGCACUCCCGAGAUGAAGGAGAUGACCGCACUGAAGAGUCUCUUCGAUGCGUGCGACAAAGACAAGUCUGGCUCGCUGGAUGUCGAGGAGCUCAAGGUCCUAAUCAAGGAGGCCAAGGUGUCCGCCACGGCGGAGGACGCACUCUACGAAUACAACAUCCUCGACGUGUUUGAGAACAGCUGGGACAGCGAGGAGACGGAAAUGACUAAGAUGGACUACACUGAGUUCUGCCUCUUUGUGAAGGACAAGAUUGGCACAGGGACGACGAAACAGACCGAGGCGCUCACGAAGCUGGUCACCACCAUGAAGGCAGCGUCGGCAGCCUGA